AUGUCUGACGAAGAGAUGGAGAAUUAUGCUCCGAGGAGAUCUGCUCGCCUUAAGGGAUCUCUGAAGCGACCUCCGCCGGUAAAAACUGUAAAACAAAGUGGACCCAAGGCUAAGAAGAACAAAAACAAGCAAGUCUUAAAGGAAAAACCGAAAAAAGUUGAAAGUGAGGUAUGGUGCAAGAUUUAAAUUAGUUUUGAGCUUAUUUCUGCAGUGUUUUUGUAUUGUAUUACAUGUCAGUGCCUUCCAGUCUUUAAUCUUUUAUAGUGUUAGUCUGAUUGUAGAAGGAAAGUGAAGAUGAGAAAGAUGAUGACUAUGAGGAUAUGUCAGAAUCUUCGGACGAAAGUUUGAGUGAUUCUGAAGAUCCUGAUUUUUCUUCGAAUGAUGAAAAGGACAACAAAAAGAAUGCAAAAACAGCGUCAAUUAAACAAAAUACUGUCAAAACGGAAAAAGAAACAAAGGUAUGUUGUGAAUAUGUUAUCUAAUUUUGAUUUUAGGGCAGAAGGUCUACGAAUUUUCAAGUAUCAAUGCCACAGUCUUCUAAAAGGUCUAGAAGGAAGGCGGCAGAAGAUAGAGAGGAAAACAAGCCAAAGGAAAUUAAUGUAGAUGUAUGUGAUUUAUCAUUGUUUAAAAGCUAAUUUAAGUGUUUGAAUAGCUAUAUUAUACCUUUUUUCUGCUUUGAACUAAAGCUAUUUUAUCUUUUUAUUUGAUACUAUAUUUUUUAGAUUGAAAUGAGAGAAGAACAUGCAGAUAUAGAGCCAGAUCUUCCUGAACUCGAAGCUCCGAUGCUGUGGACUGAAGUAUUGCAACAGAAGCCCGGAACUUCUAAAACUACGGCUGAUGAUGUUAUGGAUGACAGUGGCACAGAUGAGGAUUCAGAAGAAGAGCAUUGGCACGCUAUCGAAGAAGAGAAGAAGCCAGAGAAGGUGGUGCAGGUCACGUUGAAGAAGGAAGACCUGGAGAGAAAGGAGGAGAAGAUGUUGAGGGCCGAGAUCGAGAAGAUUCUGCGCGAUAGGAAGGACGAGGUCUCGAAGGUAUGACUAUGCACUAGAUAGUUUUAAACGGUAUUAUAUUGGGUAAACACUGUAUUAUAUGUAAUGUGUUCUUUUUUUAUUUUACUGUACGCUCUUUGAUUAAAACCAUGUUUUUAGAUGGUUGUCUUCGGGAUGGCAGCUCAUCUCAACUAUCAAAUGAAGACUUUGAUGGAAGCAGUCAGAGACCCCAACUGGAAGCCAGAUUGGUCGACUGCUCUGGAGGAAAAAGUUGUUUUUGGAGGUUUAAAUGAUGACACUUUGAAGGAGUUCAAAGAAGAAUUGACUCUGUUGGACGACGCCAUCAAGAUAUUGUUACCUAAAAUCAAAUAUCAGUGGAUGUACGUAGACAAGAAAUACCACAGUAAUCUCGACUUAUGCAUGGUAAGGUGUGAUUAGAAGUAUUUCAUUGUUUUGUACUACAUUGUUUGAUGUUUUGCACAUUACUACUUUAUAUUACGUGUUGAUCUUUAUAUUUACAUACAUGUUGUAUUGCAGAUGGUAGCGUCGUUCUUGAUUCGCUCCAAAUUGGAUAUUAGAAUUGGAAUUGCGUUUGAUGUCACUUUGGUGCCACCUUUGAGGGUUUCUAAGAAAGGAAAGUCGUCCUAUUUAGGACCAUUUUACUUUGUAGAGUACUGGUGUGACACUGAGAAGAAGUUUGUGUGUAAGUUUACUACAUUUACAUCUCAUAGUUGUCAUAAAGUUUGGUGCGUUUUACUUCUUAUAGAGUUAAAUCCGAAUUUUAGGUAUCAAUCUGGAGAGUAUGGAGAUUGGAAAGGUCACUGAGCUUGAAAGUACCUGGAAAUCCAAAUGUCAUUAUGUCUUCACUAUUGACCAACGUACGUUUCUCCCACCGAUAGCUUUUGAAACCUACUUAAUUUUAAUAAAAGCUCAUUUUAGGUAUGAAAAUGAAAGACAUGUCUUCAAUUUACUGUAGCGAGUUCUUGAAGUUGGUUUUCAGGAAGGAAAGACAUCUGCCUGAGGUCAUUUUAGAUGUCCUGGAUCAUUUUGUAAGUUGAAAGGACAUUUUUUAUGUAUAUCAUAGUAUGUUAUAUCUUAAAAAUACAAGGUAUAUGUUGCAUUACAUUGUAGAAAGUUCCUGACAGUCCUCGUGAUCUAGAAGAAGAUCAACGAAUCAAAAGGGAAUUGCUUGCGUUACCAAUGCCCACAGUUGUUGCUGAGUUCAAAAACCAUCCACUGUAAGGUCUUUCUCUUAUCAGUUGAUGUCUCUGUUAUGCUUAGACAGAUACACGAUAUUGUUGUAGGUAUGCGUUAGAGAAGGACUUCCUCAAGUUCGAGGCCGUUUAUCCGGCAGACACGAAGCCGGUCGGAGAAGUCAGAGGUCACAACGUGUAUCCACGAGAAGCCGUUCAUGUUCUACAAGGUGAACUCAAUUGGAUUCGUUUGGCGCGACAGAUCAAGGUAUGUCAGCUUGAGUAAUAUAUGUUUGUCAUAUGAAGAUUUUAUAGAUAUUGUAGAAACAGAGAUUUAAUUUUUACUUUCAGGAAGGAGAGAAGCCUUACAAAGUUGUCAAAGCCAGACCUAAGUUAAGUAUUCCGGCAGAUGAGAGAGUGCAACUGUACCUGGAUACGUAUGGGUAUUGGCAGACUGAGCCCUAUGUUCCGCCAAAGGUUAUCAAUGUAAGGCUUUAGUAGUUUACUUUACUGUGCCGUUCAAAUGGAUUCUUAUAAAACAACAAUUAAGGUUGUAGGUAUAUUCCAUGUCUACUGCGAGUAAUUAUAUCUUUGUUAAAAUUUAAAUAUUUUAGGGAAGAAUCCCGAGAAACGAGUACGGUAAUGUGUACAUGUAUCAAAAGAGCAUGGUUCCCCAAGAAUGUGUUCAUAUCAAGCUAUCUGGAGUAUCUAACAUUGCCCGACAGCUCGGGGUAGAUGCUGCUCCAGCAGUGACAGGCUGGGAGUUCAGUGGAGGACGAAACCAUCCAUUGUAAGUUAAUAUCUAUUAUAACUCAACAUAUUUUCAUCUUCUCAUACUUUUCUGAUUGUUAUAUGAGUAAUUCAUUGUUAACCUUGCUUAAGGGUGGAAGGCUGUGUUAUCAUGAAGCAGCAUGAGAAGGCGAUCAGAGCAGCGUGGAGCGAAUGGAAUCAGAUGAAGCAGCAGAAGAAGAUCCAGAAGGCAGAAGACAAGAUGAUCACUUUGUGGAGAAGAUUCGUCAGAGGAAAGCUCUUACUCGAAAACAUGAGAAAGAAAUACAAAAUCCAGUGA